CGUGUUGUGGAAGAUGGGAAUGUUUCGGAAUCCUACGACGCGAAACGGGGAGUAUUUAGAAGGGAUGAUAAAUGAGUAUGUUGGAGGAGGAAAGGGAAAGUUAAGAGCUCAAAGAAAUACCUCAACAAAGCUUGUUACUGCUCUUACAUGUCUCCAGUUUGCCUUUGCAAUAUAUGCAACGUUUUUACUUUAUUAUGUGAGCCCUGCAAUAGACUUGAGAACCAAACCAGAUUUCUCUUGGGCUACUAGAAUUGCUCAGCAAUGGAAACAGUUUGUAAUACCGCCCCACGUCGUGGGACGAUAUCAAGAACAAACUUCUUUUGCGGAAUUCAGACCGAUCACACCGGAGGAAGCUUGUGAGAACGAGAAGAUUGAUUUCGAGCAAAAGAAGUCGAAUGAUGCACAGAUGAUCAAGUUGAAAACAGAGCUUUAUAAUGAGGUUUUAGAUUUUCAAAGCCAAAGCUUUGGAACUGAAACUCUUUCUCAGCUUAUGGCAAUGAAGUCCAAAUGGGAUUUGAGAGGGAAAAACAAGCCAAAAGUUACUGUGAUCUUGAACCAUUUCAAGAGGAAAACUCUGUGUGCACAGAUUAACUCUUUGCUGCAUCAAACUCUUCCUUUCCACCAUGUUUGGGUGCUUGCAUUUGGGAGCCCAAAUGAGCUCUCAUUGAAGAGAAUUGUAGAUAGCUAUAACAACUCAAGAAUUAGCUUCAUUAGUUCAAGCUAUGACUUCAAGUACUAUGGAAGGUUCCAAAUGGCCUUACAAACCGAGGCCGAUUUAGUAUACAUUCUCGACGACGACAUGAUUCCUGGCCAUAAAAUGCUACAGAUUUUGUCUCAUGUAGCAGGGACGGAGAAGUACAAGAAUGCAGUUUUGGGCAGUAUAGGGAGGAUUUUGCCAUUUCGACAGAAGGAUUUCACGUUCCCGAGUUAUCGGAAGUUUCGUUCCAAGGAGGCGGGGCUUUACUUGCCUGAUCCUGCUUAUAACAUCACAGUCAAUAAAAUUGUGCAGGUUGAUUUUCUCUCCAGCUCUUGGUUCUUAUCUGCAGAGCUUGUUAAGACGCUUUUCAUUGAAACUCCAUUCACCUUUGCAACAGGGGAAGAUCUCCAUCUAAGCUAUCAGCUUCAAAAAUACAGAAACGCAGGCUCGUUUGUUCUUCCUGUAGAUCCAAAAGACAAGGAAACCUGGGGUGAUAGUGAACACAGGCUGGCUUACGUGUCCGAGACAACUGUGAUAUUUAAGGACAUCGUUCAAGUUCGGGACGAUCAAUGGUGGAAAGCGCUGUCUACUGGCUAUGUCACACAAUGGGCAGCCAUGCAUCCUCAAAAGAUAGAUGCUCUAUUCUAUGCUCAUUCUGUUGAUGAAGUUAAAGCACUAGCCCCACUUCUUGAAAAGUUCAGGUCCACUAUUGGCAAGAAAGCUUAUAUUGUAGUGUCGGGAGGCACUUUUUGCCCAUGUGAAGAUGCUGCAGCUGCUCUUAAAUGGCCUAAGUUGGUGUGUAAAGAACGGAGGUUCAAGAUAUUUGACUUAGCUAUUGGGGCUCUCUCUGGCCUAUCUAAUUCUGAGGUGCCCGUGGUGCAAGCAGUGUAUGCUAGUAUGAAGGGAUUGAUCCAAAUACACAAUCCAAGCAUCAUCGUCACGGUAGCCGAUCUCGAUCCUAACGUAAAGAAGGCUUUGAAAAUGGCGUCCGAGGCUAACAUGAAUACUACAACACUGAUUCUUUUACCAAGACCUUCCAUUUCAAAAGUUCUUUGGAUGGCUGAUCUUCGACCAACCGCAAUUCCAAAUUGGAACAAGAUGCGGAUUUCAAUCAACAUUAUCACACAAAACCGUGCCAAUUCGUUAACAAGGCUUCUCAAAUCACUCAAAGAUGCAUAUUACCUAGGGGAUGAGAUACCUAUCAGCUUCAACAUGGACAGCAAAGUGGAUGAGGAAACUAUCAAAUUAGUAAGCUCAUUUGAGUGGCCCCAUGGCCCCAAAAGCCUUAGAAGGAGAAUCAUCCAAGGAGGGCUAAUACGAGCAGUGAGCGAGAGUUGGUAUCCAGCUUCAGACGACGAUUACGGUCUCUUACUCGAAGAUGAUAUCGAAGUCUCUCCAUACUACUACCUAUGGAUCAAAUAUGCCCUCCUAGCAUACCACUAUGAUCCACAAAUAUCUCUACCUGAGCUAUCGACGAUAUCGCUUUACACACCUCGGCUAGUCGAAGUGGUGAAGGAAAGGCCUAAAUGGAAUGCAACAGAGUUUUUCCAGCGGAUUCAUCCAAACACACCUUACCUCCACCAGCUGCCCUGCAGCUGGGGAGCACUUUUCUUCCCCAAACAUUGGAGGGAAUUUUAUGUUUACAUGAACUCAAGAUUCACAGAAAAUGCCAAGGAAAAUCCAGUUCAAAUCCCUAAAUCAAGAACAAACGGUUGGCAGGCAUCAUGGAAGAAGUUCCUAAUCGACAUGAUGUACCUAAGAGGCUACGUCAGUUUGUAUCCAAAUUUCCCAAAUCAAGCCAGUUUUUCAACAAAUCACAUGGAACCAGGCGCUCACAUAAGUGCAAAAGACAAUAUCGUGAAGCAUAACAAGGAAGAUUUCGAGGUUCCAUUACUGAAAGAAAACUUCGUGAAUUUCUUACCUAACGGCAAAUUGCCGGCGGCUUCGAGACUGCCGUCGCUGAACCUCUUCAAUCAACCGGUUUCUCUGAAGGGACUCAAAUCCGCCGGAGCCAAACUAAGGCAAGAUGUUCUGAAAUGCGAAGUUUCGGAGAUCGUAGCGGUGAAUCAUCAAACUGGUCUGCCUUCGCAUUGCGCAAAAUUCUGAUUUGUUCUUGAGGAUUUUUUACUUCUUUUCGGCAAUAAAUUUGCUGAAUUUCAUCACUUUGCCUGUAAUUUGGUUGGUAUGAUCUGAUCGAUUUAAUAACAAUAAAGAAAAAAAAGAAAAGCAUUCAAUUUGAA